AUGAAUGAGAAACUACAGCAGCGAGUUAAAACCUUCACCUUCAGAGAGCAUGAUGUCGGUGCAGACUAUCGUGGACUCUAUGAUAGUGAUCUAGGAGGACUUCUGACUUACAAGGAAGUCUGGUCCCAGCUGCAGGACGAAGACAUCGACGUGAUGUCAGCCAGAUUCCAGGAGCUUUACAAAAGCAUCGUGAAGGAUCUGGUGAUGCACUGGGGCCACGUGGAGUACGUCCUGGUUCAGACAGUGGAGCGAGUGGAGAGCUUCAAGUACCUGGGUGUGAACAUCAUGCAGGAUCUAACGUGGUCCUGUCACAUCAACACCCUGGUGAAGAAGGCUCGACAGUGUCUCUACUUCCUCAGACGAGGAGGAGGAGGAGGAGGGCUAGUUUUUGGUGCCCCUGGCCUUAAUGGGGAUGAAGAAGAGGAGGAAGACUCACCUGCAGUUUUACUGAGUGUUUUGGUUCAGCAUGGGCAGUUGGGCCUCUGCUUCUAUGACAGCGCAGACUCAUCUCUGCACUACAUGACGGACACUCCUGAUAACCAUGAGCUCCACCUGCUGGCCAGAGUCAUUCAGGAGGUCAGUCCUCAUGUACUCAUCACCAGUGCAAAGCAGGAACGCUGCAUGACUCGCUACCUGCAGCAACUGGGUCAAAACCCACACUACAAACCAGAGGUGGUCACUUAUCCAUAUGUUGACUUUGGUUUGGAGGUCGGAAAGCAGAGGCUGCUCUCCGCCAAUCUGCCUUUCCUGCCCGCCUGCAUUUCAGACAGAGACAGGAUAUCCUACCUCUCCUCCUGCAUCUCCUUUGACUCGCCCCUGAUGCUGAGGGCAGUGGGCGCUCUGCUGAAAUGUCUGGACAGGAGGAGAGUGGGAGUGGAGCUGGAAGACAGCAGUGUUGGAGUUCCGAUCCUGCAGUUCCACGCCUACACUCUCAAAGGUGUGGUGUGCAUUGACCGAGACACCUACAGUGUGCUGCAGAUCUUCAAAUCUGAACUCCAUCCAUCAGUGUACAAACUACAUUCAGGGGAAAAGGAAGGACUCAGUCUUUAUGGGAUACUGAACCGCUGCAGGUGCAAGUUUGGCUCCAAACUGCUGCGUCGGUGGUUUCUGCGGCCAACACAGGACCUGGCAGUGUUACACCGGAGACAAGAAGUGAUUUGUUUCUUCACGUCGCCUCGCAAUUCAGACGUCCUGACCACCCUGCAGUCCUCAUUACGCAACAUCAGGAACAUACCAACUCUUCUACGCCGGAUGUCGCUGUCUAACACCAAAGUGACUGACUGGCAGAGUGUCUACAAGACGGUGUACAGCGCGGUGUGCAUCAGGGACACAGUGAGACACCUGCCUCAGUCCGUUCAGCUGUUUCAUGAUAUCAGCGAAGGGUUCUCCGAUGACCUUCAGUAUAUCGCUUCCCUCAUCAGCAGAGUGGUGGAUUUUGAAACCAGCUUAGCAGAGAAUCGCUUCACCGUCAAACCCAAUGUGGAUCCUACCAUCGAUGAGAAAAAGAGGAAGAUGAUGGGACUGUCAGACUUCCUCACAGAUGUUGCCAGAAAAGAGCUUGAACAUCUGGACGCUCAAAUCCCCUCCUGCUGUGUCAUCUACAUCCCUCUGAUUGGAUUCCUGCUCUCUGUGCCUCGGCUCCCCAGCAUGGUGGAGAAAGAGGAUUUUGAGAUAGAGGGGCUCGAUUUCAUGUUUCUGUCAGAGGACCGACUGCACUAUCGCAGCCAGAGAACCAGAGAACUAGAUGACCUCUUGGGCGACUUGCACUGUGACAUCAGAGACAUGGAGACGGCCGUGAUGACACAGUUGCAGAACGCAAUUCUCGAGAAAAGCUCCUCCCUUUAUAAGGUUCUGGAUCUCACCGCUGAGCUGGACUGUCUGAUGGCUAUGAGCAGCGCCUCCCAGGAGUACAGCUACACCUCACCCAAGCUGGCCAACCACAGGAAGAUAACAAUCACACAGGGCAGCCAACAGUGUAGCGUUCCCCUUCAGGUGGAUGGACUGUCCUUGCUGGCUGCAUCGAUCUCCCACUGGCUCAGAAAGGCUCCGGUGGACGUUCCUCACGUACUGCUGGCUACCAACUUCCACAGUGUGCUGCAGCUGGGCCUGCUGCCGUCCUCCAGCCUGCUGUCUCUGCUGACCCUGGAGACAGCAGUGGACGGAGAUGAGUUGGUGUUUCUGUACCAACUGAAGGCUGGGAUCUGCCAGUCCAGCUAUGCUGCCAAUAUCGCUACACUGGCAGGCCUGCCAAGUUGCCUUGUGCAGAGAGGAGUGGAGGUGUCUGAGCUGUACAGGACCGGAAGGCCCAUCAAGCGCACUGACAAAGCGUCAUCAGACGAGCAGGCGAAGAGAUGCAGCACUGUGGUGGAAAAGUUCCUGAGCCUCAAUCUGGACGACAAAGAUUUGGAUCUGCAGGGUUUCAUGAAAGAUGAGCUCCUGCCCUCUGCUGGAGAGCUGCUGAACCGCAGCUGAGCUAAACUGUGGUCAGUGCGUUCAUUCGUUCCUACAUGUUCUGGAAGAAAGCAGCGUUUUACCUGCAGAGAGGUUCACCUGCAGGUAAAGUCAUACAUACAGUAACACUAAAACAUUCACUAGCCUACAUGUGUUGCACAGGUUUAUGCAGCAGAAACAAACCAGAUUUGUUUUCAACUAACGCGUUAAUGAAUAAAUUCCUGUCAUUCCUAUCA